GUGACGAAACCGUGAUCCAGAACGACAGACUGAGGCAUUGGAUAUUGAAGGUACCCCGUGCAAACUUUAUGGUCUUGUGUGCUACCGAGAAUUCUUCAAUGCAGAAUCAAACAUCGACUACAAAUCAGCUAAGCAGCCCAGCAAAACGUGGCUCAUAUUCAGCUUACAAUAAAGGUCAAACGCUAUCGCCUGGUCAAUCACAACAGCAACACCAUCAGUCUCAACAGCAGCAGCAACAACAAGUAUGGCCGUCAUCAUUACCACCGGGUUGGAGGCGUGAAGAACGUAUGCGACCAAAAGGUUUGUGCACCGGGAAAUCAUAUGUUUACUACAUUAGUCCUCAAAACCAAAUUGUUCGUAGCAAACGCGAAAUGCAAACCAUCCUAGGCGACAAUUAUGAUGUUGGUUUGUUCGAUUGGAGAUUGGGAAAAUUCACGCUGAAUCGUCGAUCUAAGCAAUCUGGGGAACAGGCAACAGACGCUUCCUCAGCUAAAGAUAAUCGGUCUUUGCUUUCAAUGAGACGAUGUCCAUAUCCAAUACAUGAAAUUCAACCUGUUAUGGUCCGAUCUCAUCCGGUAUGUAAACGAAUAGAUGGGGAGGAUGGAAAUCAAGAAGCACCUCGUCAAUUAUUUUGGGAGAAACGACUGGCUGGUAAUGUGGCCGUUGAUGCUGAAACUGGUGAACCGUUUAAACCAAUCUCUUUGCCCAGCGGAAUUCAGAGUGCUGGAGUACCUGGUUAUCAACCUUCUCAAUUAGUUCAAAGUUUAGUUCAUGCCUUGACAAAUGAAAAUACUCCAGUCAUUGGUCAGGAACAAGAUCUCUCAGAUAUUGAGAAUGAUCCAUGUGCCACGAUAAAUCCCUCGCAACCAAUGAUUAAAACAUUCAUUGUGACUGAUGAUGAUAUACGCCAACAGGAAGCACGUGUAAGGGAAUUACGAAGAAGACUAGAGAUUCUCAGGCGUAGAUUUACUCCAAGUUGGUUUAUAGGGAUUUGACUUGGUUUCAAGUUUGACAACGGAUUGAUAUCGGUUAGAGAAGCAUUGAAAACCAGACAGUAACUGGAAAGCUGUUUCGUCCUAAUCCGAGACUCAUUGGCAGUACGAAGCCACCGGAUUUCGAACUCAGGAGCUUCCAAUUACAAGACAAGCUCGUAGACCAUUCAACUGCUGGGGUCUGACUCAUUGGCCCAUGAAUUCUAACUUCUACCAAUUCGUGAUUUUAGCGUGACUAUCAACGAGUGUCAUUGCUGGCGAGUAUUUGUCCUCACUUUCGAAUGGAUGGUUCCAACUGGUCACGAAUUCUCACUAGAACUCCAGGAAGCUCCGUCUUGUAACCAGUUACUAGUGAGCAUCAGACUAAUAAUAAGAAAGUGGGUGAGUGGAUACCGCCGGUGAGUCCCAAACUAGUGCGAAAUAGCUGUCCAGUAUUCCCUGGAUCGUUUUAUUAUAACCCACUAAUGUUAUUCCUGAAAUACUAUUGGACUGUUUUCACAUUGACAUAACUGACUGAGCAAAGAACUCUGAACAGAGAUUGAAGCACUUCAAAUUGUUACAUUCCAUACACAAAGGUAGAGGAAAAGAUUUUAAAAUAUUCAUAAUCGGCAGAAGGAGGAAGAAUAGUGACAUGAGAAACACGAGGACUUGAUGGAUCUGAGAGAUCACAGAGAGUGAAUGAGUCGGCACCACUGAGUACGAUUUGAGGCCAUAUCAUCAAAAGUCUCCAGCCAUUGGUUCUCAGAAUUCCGAGAACCACCACCAGGCAGUCUACACCUUUCUACGUGGCUCACUGAUAUGACAUGCAGAACAUCAGAUCUAAAAAAUUUCUUUUUUACUUUAGAAAACCAUUGAAAGAGUUUCUGUCUACUGAUAGUUGUGGUGGUAAUAUUUCCAUAUCUAUCCUACUCCUAACCAAUAUUCUAUUGCAAUUUUAUAAGAUCAUUUCGUAUACACCCAUAUAACCGACUGAAGGUGGGUAGACUUCGGUCUUCUUAUCGAGAUGCUCUCAUGUGCCACUCGUUCAUAGUUUCUACCAGAUAAGUCCUGUGCACUAACUUCAUGCGGUUGAGGUAUUCCUCACAAACACCUAACAUCCCUAUCCGUGACCUUAGUUGAGAUGUUGCUGUGGUGCAUGCUAAGAGGGGAUUGUCCAUACUAAUUGGUACUUGUUGUUGUUGUCCGUUAUUAGCAAUCUUUGCUAUCUCUCGCAUUUUUUGCCUCCAAACUCUUAUUCCAUCUUUUUGGUUUCUAAAACAAGCAAUAUAGGUUAAUAAAGCAGGGUUUUUUGUUUCUGUGUGUAGUUAUUCCAGUUUCAGUGAAAUUAUAUAUAAAUCAUGCACAGAGUCCAAGUAUUCCAGAGACUUCUUCUUGGUCCAGCGUAAACUCCACAGCAAAAGUAUAUUGUGGAGUUACAUUUCCACUUAUUAACAUACACAGAGUGCACACCCAUCACAAGCACGUGGUCCGAGGUUUGAUCCUCGACCGACUCACUCCUUCACCUCACCAAGCCAGUAGUAAGACUGAUAAAGGGGGGAGGUUGGACAUGAGGCUAGCAACCCCAUCCUGUAAAAAAUACAAUCACCACUGCUACAGAAACUUCAAGCCUCCAGCUUGAAGCCCUAUGUUCCACUGGUAACGUAAAGAAAUGAAAGCAUCUGUUUUUAUUUAUUAAUCAGGACUUUCCAUGUAUCAGCUAACAUCACACCCUCACGUGUGUCCAAACUGUUGGGAUUCACCCAUAUAUGUAGGCUUACUGCAGUCAGUCUUUCUCUAUGCGAGUCCAAACCUUUCUGAUCCUGUCAACGUGUAUUUUGUGACUCGUUUCUGUCGAGUUCAGCGCAGUCGGUGAUCUGUUCUCUAGCCUCUUUAAGUCUGCAGAGAUUUAUUUGAACCACCUUUAGACAUUUUUUAUACUUUCACUCAUAUAUUUAAAUGUAAAAGCUCGAGCUGCUUUCGCUGACGUACACCAUCUCUGGCGUAUGCGUGACAUCUGGCUAUCAACUGAAGGGCGUGUGUACUGCUCAGAAGUCCGCUCGGUCCUUCUCUAUGGCUCUGAAACAUGGCCAAUACGAGUUGAAGACAUGAAAAGGUUGACUGUUUUUGAUCAUAGAUGUCUACGAUCUCUUUCUCACGUUAGGUGGUAUAAUAAGGUAAGUAAUGUUGACGUUAGGCGUAGAGUGUUGGGCAAAGAGGGAAAAUCAAUCGACGAGGCUAUAAAGUUGAGAUGGCUAGGUCACGUGCUGCACAUGCCUAACCAUCGCCUCCUGCGGCGGGCAUUACUAGCUGAUAUAGGUGCCGGUUGGAAAAGAGUAAGUGGUGGUCGAACAAAAACAUGGCAUCAAUCCAUGAAAUCCUUGACAGUUAAACUGAGGCAGGUAGGGAGAUGCAGACUUCCGGGUUGGGGUCCUCGGGACUCUAGGAAUCAAUGGCUGGAGAGAGUAGGUGACAUGACUCAAAAUCGUUGUCAAUGGCGCAGAUGUAUUCAGUCUCUGUAAUCUUUCAUAUUCUUUUCUACCAUUAUUCAUUCUGUUUCACUCUUAGACUUGUCAAACUCUAUUGGUUCUCUUCAUUCAUCUUCUUGUCUACCUUUGUGUGCUAUUUGGAACGUGGCAACUCGAACUGCUGCACUUCGAUGCCAAGUUCUAUGUUGAAUCCAGACCAGACCAUAUUUAAAUGUAUGGAAGUUUUUGGUACAUAUACGGCGUCACAGUCUCCACAACUGAUCUGGUACACACAAUUCUAUCGGUUUCUGGUUCUGUUGGCUUCUUCUAUUUUAUCCUUGACGGUCACCAGUGAUGAGCGUAACGUGUUAGCUACACGAAAAUUCACUCGUAUAUCAUGACCGUUAAGGAUUCACUUUAUCUCAUCAUAUGUUUCCCUGCGGUAAUGAAUCGCCGAUGUGCUAACCCAAUUCCCAGCAACAGGUAUCGAUACAUCCUUAUCUAGUCAUUUUAAAUAACUUUUUAUGAAGUCUUUGGAAUGUCAUUUUUAUAAAUAAGCCUCUAUUACGAAAAUAGUUGCUACACUUGUUGCCUGAACUUUGGCGGAUAAUAAAGUGAGUGUGGAAGUUGUUACUCACCUACUGGUAGAAAGUCACUCCCCUCUAAAAUAAUUAGCUACAUUUCCUUUUUAAUGCCAUGUGUGUAUGUAUGUCCAACGGUUACUUUUGUAUUUCUCCUUGUUUUUUUGUUAUUUCAGAGACAUGAUGCCGAACGACAAGGUUGAUACAAACAAAAGCGCUGCAUAAAAUGACAAUUAUAUUGUCAUUAUGUGUGCUGUUCUCUGUUAAUGCGCUUGUUGUAUUAUAUAUUGUCGUUGUUGUUAUUGAUGUUGUUGUUAUAUAAUCCUGUUCUUAUGCGCAG